GAAAUGUGUCAGCCGCUCCGGAGUGGAUGACGACUUAGCUACGUGACUGGGACAUAACAGCAAGAAAAUACUUUUAAUUACAUGCUGCAAAUCAAUACAGAAGACUCGUAACGUUUGGAAAUUGAAAGACGGACGGAGGAGCUUUCGAAGAGUGGUGGCAACGGAACACGACACCAGACAUUCAUCCAUAGUCGCCACAUGGAACCUUUUCUCCCCGCUCAACAUAUGAAGACCUUUAGCCAUCAAAUCAACUGGACAAACUACUACUGAUGUGUGACCAAAGUUUAGUGAUGCCGGGAGGCGACGUCGGUCCAGAUGGGGAGGAGCCCGCGUUGCUGUCGGCCACGGCAGGAGUGGGAGAGGAGGAUAGGGUGUCUUCGGGGCAACAGGGUGGACAGGGCCAGUCCCAGCACCUCAGGGGGGAGGAGAGCGGCGCUUCCAGCGGAGAAGUGGGACAGGACGACGAGGAGAUGACUAGUGGCUCACAUGACCUCUCCUCCUCAACCAAUCACAGCCCUGGCAGCGCCUUGGGCUCCACCUCGACUUCAACCAAGAGCAGUGAGCAUGCAGCGGGGAGCAAAGGGCAGGCCCACCGAGAAGCCAUGGUCACCGUGGCUGAGAUGAAGAAGAGGCUUCCAUCGGACAAGCGCAGCAGCAGCAAAGCCAGCACGGUGGACGCCUUGCAUUACGCCCUCAACUGUGUGAAACAAGUGCAAGCCAACAGUGAAUACUACAAGCUGCUGAUGCGGAACGGGCAGGACGAGAGGAGAGAUGCCACCGUUUGCACCCUGGAGGAGCUGGAGAGAGUCACCUCUGAGCACAGCCUUAAAAACACGGACUCCUUCGUGGUCGUCUUCUCUCUGUCGAGCGGCCGCGUGCUUCACGCCUCGGAGCAGGCUCCCAGCAUCCUGUGCUGCAAGAGGAAGUUUCUGGAGUCCGCCAAAUUCGUGGAGCUGCUCUUCCACCAAGAUGUUAAUGUCUUCUAUUCACAUACGGCACAGCCGCAUUUACCACCGUGGAGCAACUCCCACACAGCUGGGGUCCUGUUCGACUGCGCCCAGGUCAAAUCUUUUUUCUGCAGAAUCAGGGGUGGGAAGGAUCGUGAGGGGGAGAUGCGCUACAACCCCUUUCGGAUAACACCGUACUUGCUGAAGGUGCAGGGGACGGGGAAGAAGGGGAGCAGUGGAGAGGAGGAGGAGGAGCCGUGCUGCUUGGCUCUGGCUGAACGUAUCAUCUCUGGAUACGAGGCUCCUCGGAUACCCAUGGACAAACGCAUCUUCACCACAACACACUCCCCUGGCUGUGUGUUUCUGGAAGUUGAUGACAGGGCCGUGCCUUUGUUGGGAUACCUGCCCCAGGAUCUGAUUGGCACGUCGUUGCUCACGUGCAUUCAUCCCGAGGACCGUCCUCUCUUGCUGUCCAUGCAUCGGAAAGUGCUGAAGUAUGCGGGCCAGUCUCCAUUCGAGCACUCUCCGGUGCGUCUGCGCUGUCAGAACGGAGACUACAUCACCCUGGACACCAGCUGGUCCAGCUUCAUUAACCCCUGGAGCCGCAAGGUGGCGUUCAUCAUCGGACGCCACAAAGUCAGAACGAGUCCUCUGAAUGAGGAUGUGUUUGCUGCACAAACAAAAGAGGAUGUUCCUGUUACUCAUGAGGAAAUCAAAGAUCUCCAAGCAAAGAUCUAUAAGCUCUUCCUUCAGCCGGUCCACAACAAUGGUUCCAGUGGUUAUGGCAGUUUGGGAAGCAACGGCUCUCACGAGCACUACAUCAGUGUCGCUUCGUCAAGCGACAGCAAUGGCAACAUGUGGGAGGACUCGCACCGGGAGCCGAUGACUUUGCAGCAGAUCUGUGCUGAUGUGAACAGAGUAAAGAGUUGGGGCCAGCAGGCGUACGUGGAUUCCAGCCACAAAGCCGCUCUUUUUGGCAAACCUGCCGCUGCCCCUCGCCCCCAAGCAACCCCCAACCGUGAGGUCAGAGGUCAUGAAGAAACCAGGAAGCAGACACACAUUCCCUCCUAUCAGCAAAUCAACUGCGUGGACAACAUCAUCAGAUAUUUGGAGAGUUGUACAGGUCCAGCCCUAAAGCGCAAGAGUGAGUGUGCCUCUUUGACUUCCUCUUCGUCCUCUACCUCAGAAGAAGACAAGCCAGCAGGAGCCACUGAUGCAACUCAGGCCACUUCAGACGUGGUGGUUUUAAACAGUGAGGUGUCAGUUGGACCUUCAGCUGCAGCAGUAGUUGGGGCACCGCUCACCGACAUCACCAUGUCCACUAAGGCCAUGAGUGUUGUCUCAGUUACUAGCCAGUGUUCGUACAGCAGCACCAUUGUCCACGUGCCACAGCCUGAGUCAGAGGCCACUGCAUUGGAAGACGCCCCAAUGGGCAGUGAGCCCGCUGAUGCUGCUCCCGCCUCGGUUCGUCCGGCCCCGAGCCCUGCGGCGGAGGAACGGCGCUUCAUAGGUCUCACCAAGGAGGUGCUGUCAGCCCACACCCAGAAGGAGGAGCAGGAGUACGUCGACCGCUUCCGCAACCGCAUCCUCCAGAGCCCGUACAGCUCCUACCUGCAGCUGGACAACAGCUCCAUGGCGCACUCCCACCAGCCAGGAGAGUACCUGCGUCCGAUCAGCGCCGGAGGUUGGAAUCGUUCUCGGAAAGGGAAGCCCAGACACAAGCGAGCCAAAGCCCCGGAUUCGUCAGACAGCUAUGCAUCCCCGCCCGGUCUCCCUCACCGCGUCCCCGACUCCUCCUGGCCCUCCUCAGAGUCCUCCCACCCUCAGAUGGGGGCCCCGUACAGCCAGGCUUCCCCGCUGCAGGUGCCGUUCUUCCCGGUCAUGGGGAAGCCUGGCCAGGAGCAACCGCCCAAAACGCAGCCGCCGCCCGGGCCAGCGCCUGUGAUGCUUCAACCUCCCGAUCAGCUCAGCUACAACUUCAACAUCAUGCAGUCUCCUCAGACCCUGCUGGGAAUGCAGCCCGUCCAGAUGGAGCCCAUCCAGAACCUGCAGAACAUCCAGAACUUUCCCACCCUUCAGCCGAUGGCGUCGACGCAGGCCUACAACCCCUACAUGACUCCAGUCAUGGCGGUCAUCCUGCCCAACUAUCCCACCUUCACCACAGGCUACCCAUCCAUCUACCCGCCCUCAGCUCCUCAGCUGCUGCCCCAGGCGCCCAUCGCCAUGACGGGCUUCUCCCAGACCAGCGUCCCCUACCUUCAGCCCCAGUUCCAGGCCCAGCCCGGCCCCCACACUCACACUUCCCCAGGCCUUUUGCUCUGCUCACCGAGAGCCAGCUCCUCGGUCGGUGAAGAAGAGGAAGCGGCCGGACCCCGGGCUUUAUUCUCCAGUUCUCGCUCCAGUUCCCCCCUGCAGCUCAACCUGCUGCAGGAGGAACUGCCCAAACCGAGUGAAGGGCAGGGCAGCGCCGCGCACAAUCGCGCCGAGAGCCUCCACGAACAACAUGCCAAUGAGGGCGACGCCCCGAGUGACUCUGGAAACCACGACGCUCAGUCGACAUCCAGCGAGCUGCUGGACCUGCUGCUGCAGGAGGACGCCAGGUCUGGAACUGGCUCCAACGCCUCAGGGUCUGGAUCAGGGGAGUCCGGAGGCUCACUGAGGUCUGGAUCCGGAUCAGGAUCCAAUGGAACGUCCACCUCACACACUGGCAGCAGUAACAGCAGCAAAUACUUUGCCAGCAACGAUUCGUCGGACACGUCGCGCAAAGCACGCAAGAGCCAGGAGCCGCCGGCCGAGCACAAGCGAAACUUUGAGGGGGUGGAGAACUCGCUGUGGAGCAUGAUCCAGCACACGCCCGAGCACGUCAUGAUGACGUACCAGAUCCGCACCAGGGACCAGAAUGAGGUGCUGGCAGAAGACAGGGAGAAGCUUCGCGCCCUUCAGCCCCUCCAGCCGUGGUUCACCCAGGAGCAGAGGGAGGAGCUGGCUGAGGUCCAUCCCUGGAUCCAGCAGCACACCAUCCCUCAAGAAAUCGACACACAGGGUUGUGUGAGCUGCAGCGCGGGUGCAGGAGGGGCCCACUCCCCCCACCCACCUGUCCCUGACAGCUCUUCGCCGACUGAGGGCUCCCUACAGGACCCCAAUGGACCUUCCACCGACACCUAAAGAGACCUGCAAUGUAAAACAACCUUCAUCCACCUCACAGUGAACCAGCCCUGUUGGAAAACCUCAGCAACACCCUCGACCUCCUCCGACCAGUCCGGAGGAGGGAAUCCCUGUGCUUUAGUCUAAGUUGUGCUUUGUAAAGGUAACCGAGGCUGGACCAGGCCCCGAGGAGCAGAGGAAAGGACGGACGGGCAUUUCUACUGGCACAUUUUCCUCAGUCAGUGUCACGAUGACCAUGAAUACUAUACCUCGCUUCUCUCUGUGUCAUUCGAAACCCCGGAGGGGUUCAGGCUGAACUCGGGACUAUCCGGAUCCUAAGACGCUGCGGGCCGACAGACGCUCAGUAUGUAACGAUCUGCUGGCAGCGGUCCCCAAACAUGAGCACUUUCUCUACACACCCGGACUGCAGAGAGCGGGUGUGACGUGUCCAGGAGACCAAGACGGCGCCGACGCGGCUUGAUUCACGAACACUUCUCCAGUGACGCUGGGCGGACUGGACGGGCCGAGCACCACGUCCUCCUCCAGUGGGACGGUCUCUCACCCCGACGGACGUUUCCGAUGGACACGCUCAGCUGCUGCUCCGUUUGCAACGUUCAGAUCCACAUCUCGUCGAUUUGUUUAUCCGAGGUCGCUGUUAAUUCCGUAGGUUGGUUUCCUGUUUGUCCAGAGCAUCGUUUUAGUAACUUUGACACUCGAAUGACAGCCCCCACCCCUCCCCCCACCUGCCUGGGACGACCAGACGGGCGUCGACCUCCAACACCUGUAGCUUUCCUCCUGAUGUAAGCAGACACAGCGAGGCCGCGGCACUUCCUGUGAUCUUGUGUUUACUUAACAAAUGAAUAUCCUUUUCAGCUGCGUGUGUGUGUGUGAGGGUGUGUGUGUGUGUGUUUGUGCGCGCGCUUCGUGUUCAUGUUGUCACUGUUGUUCUUGUACUUUAUUCAGAUUACAGGGGAGCUUGUGUGAAUGUGAGAACGCACACGUGCUGGCCCAGUCGCAAACCGCUUACUUUUCUGGUUCCACCGUUGUUCAUCACUGCAAGACGGAGCAGGAUUUUCUAUCGUUUUUAGACUCAAAGUAUAUUACAGUACCAUGUAUUUUAUAGAAAAUGUACACGAAACGACCUUCAAAAGUUAUUAAAAAAAAAGCCAUUUGUUUUGAAUUCAGGGACAGUUUGUGACACAAAGGAAUGAUUAAAUGAGCUAUGAUCUAACAGGUAA